AUGGACGUCGCGGAGCCUUUGGGCUUCGAACCCCGCGAUCACGGCCUCGUACCCCGUCGUGCGCUGGAUGCCACCUUCAUCGACGGCAAGCUGAGCUUUACGUCCCAACGUGGUACCGAGUCUGUCCGGCCAGAAGAGAUUGUUUUCAUCAUUCCCAAGAAUGAUCAGGUCAACUCGAGCCCAAUCAUCUGCGCACUCAGAGAAGACCCUGACACAAAGGAAUUUCCUUAUCAACUAGACAUCUUCUUCGUCUCCGGUGACCUCCCACCGGAGCUCACCAACGGCCUUUUACUAUCACACUUUCCAGAUCAUCUCAGCCCAAGACCUGGUCACCACGAUGUGCACUUCGUUGUCUCCACCAAGUCCGGCCUAGGUCAUGCUCCUAAGUUUUGGGACAACGUCGUCCAGCCCCUGGUCAUUCUUGCUGAUCAAAAAACUUCUGGCAAUCCGUCAUCGAGUUCUGUUACAGACGGAGUGCCUUCACAGUACGGCAGUAACUUGCUUGAUAAAUGCAACAUCGUAGUCACGAAAGACGCAGACAGUGUCCGCAACUUUGCCAAAGAGAGAUGGGCCGCGAGGCCGCAGGUUGCAGCGGAAACUUCCCCAACUAAGAGUGAAGUGAUUGUCCUUUUGAGUGGUGAUGGCGGUGUCGUCGACCUCCUCAACGGAUGCGAGGAAACCGAUACGCCGACGGCCCUGCCGACCCUCGCCCUUCUGCCGCUGGGGACUGGAAACGCCAUGUUCCACUCAUCCCACAAGCCGCUGUACACCGAGAACGGGCCUUCACACAUGGUUCUCGGCCUCCGCACGCUGUUCUUCGGCACCGCCGCCCCGCUCCCCAGCUUCCGUGCAUCCUUCUCCUCCGGUGCCCGGCUCGUGACUUACACGCCGACACCCGAUGCACAGAACCCUGAGGACGUGACCCGUCACGACGCCAGCGUGGGCUAUCUUUUCGGCGCCAUCGUCGCAAGCUACGGCUUCCACGCCCAACUGGUAUGGGAAAGCGAUACACCCGAGUACCGCAAGCACGGCAGCAAGCGGUUCGGUAUGGUUGCGCAAGAGUUGCUUAAGGAGAGCCACGCCUACGCUGCGCAAGUUGAGAUCCGAGGCCCGGAUGGGGGGCCGCUGCGCUCUGUGCCUAGGGAGAAGUUCGGAUAUGCGCUCGCUACUAUAGUUUCGAAUCUGGAGAAGACAUUCACCAUUUCACCCGGCAGCGGGCCGUUGCAAGGCAGGCUCAAACUGGUGCACUUUGGCGCCGUGGGCGGGGAGAAGACGAUGGAGAUUAUGAUGGCUGCCUACAAACAGGGCUCACACGUGGGCAUGCGGUGGAAGAACGGAGAAGACGAGGAUUAUGUCGGAUACGAGGAUGCUGAGGAGAUCAAGGUGUCAAUCGGUGAGAGCGAUCCUCGCUGGCGCAAGGUUUGCAUCGAUGGAACCAUUGUCGAGAUACCCGAGGGGGGUUGGAUGGCAGUUACCAAGCUGCGGAACCCGCUUUACAACAUCCUUGCUGAUCGCUCGGUCUUGUAA